UGGGGACUGUAGAAAGGGGCGGAGAGAUCCAGGAGCUGCCUAGCCAGGAGCUGAGCUGAGGUCGGCUGAGCCCUGGGACAGCCUGCAGAGCAGCUCAGGAUGGCAUCAGGCAGGGUACGUUGCACCCGAAAGCUCCGGAACUGGGUGGUGGAGCAAGUGGAGAGCGGCCAGUUCCCAGGAGUGUGCUGGGAAGAUGCGGCCAAGACCAUGUUCCGGAUUCCCUGGAAGCACGCAGGCAAGCAGGACUUCCGGGAGGAUCAGGAUGCCGCCUUCUUCAAGGCCUGGGCGAUAUUUAAGGGAAAGUAUAAGGAGGGGGACUCGGAAGGCCCUGCUAUCUGGAAGACUCGUCUGCGCUGUGCUCUGAACAAGAGUUCUGAGUUCCAGGAGGUUCCUGAGAAUGGCCACAGGGAUGGGGCUGAGCCCUACAAGGUGUACCGGCUGCUGCCACCCGGAACCCUCCCCGCUCAGCCAGGGACUCAGAAAUCACCAUCAAAGCGACACCACAGUUCUGUGUCCUCUGAGAGGAAGGAGGAUGAGGUUACCACGAAGAACUGCAUACUCAGCCCCUCCUUGCUCCAGGACCCCCUCAAAAAUGAGCUGGUGGAGUCCAGUGGGGGAGUAACCUAUUCAGACUCCGGAAGCAGCCGCAGCAGCAACAGCCCUGAGCCUCAGGAAGGUAGGGACACAGCUGAGGCCCCUCUCCAAGGAGAUCUGGUGUCCCCCGAGCUUCUGCCCCCUCCAGGUUCAGACUACUCUCUGCUGCUCACCUUCAUCUACGAUGGACGUGUGGUGGGUGAGGCCCAGGUGCAGAGCCUGGACUGCCGCCUCGUGGCUGAGCCCUCGGUCUCCCAGUGCGGCAUGGAGCAGGUGAUAUUUCCCAAACCCGGCCCACAAGAGCCCACCCAGCGCUUGCUGAGCCAGCUCAAGAGAGGGGUCCUGGUGGCCAGCAACUCCCGAGGCCUCUUUGUGCAGCGCCUUUGCCCCAUCCCCAUCUCCUGGAACGCGCCCCAGGCUCCACCUGGUCCAGGCCCGCACCUGCUGCCCAGCAACGAGUGCGUGGAGCUCUUCAGAACCGCCUAUUUCUGCAGAGACCUGGCCAGGUACUUCCAGGGCCUGGGCCCCGCACCCGAGUUCCAGGUGACACUGAAUUUCUGGGAGGAGAGCCCUGGCCCCAACCACACCCCACAGAGUCUUAUCACAGUGCAGAUGGAGCAGGCCUUUGCCCGACAUUUACUGGAGAAGACUCCAGAGGAUCAGGCAGCCAUCCUGUCCCUGGUGCAGAGCCUGGAGGACCCGGCCCCUUCUCCUCUCUCUGUUCCUCCUAUCUGCUUUGAGAGAGCCUCUUCCUCCACGCUCUCGACCUGCCUCCCACGGUGAUCAUUCUCAUUGGUUGUCUGUGGUGAUUUAGUCCUUGAACUCCUCAUAGACCCUGGUUGGUGGGGAACUCAAGGAUGACUUUUUUUUUCUUCUUUUUUUAAUUUUGAGGUAUACCCUCUUUUGUCUCUGAGGAACUGAACUGGGCAAGUACAGAUGGCGUGAACUCAGGGGGCCUUUCCCUCUGCCCGCAACCCUAAAACCUAGCACUUUAUAUUUUCUUCUUAGGUCUUCACUAAGGGUUGAAAAUAAAAUUCUAUUGAAAAGGAA